AUGUCCCUCCUUAGAUGCAGGUUCCGGGCCCUGCCCUCCCUCUGGGUCUGCGUUCUGGCCCUGGCCUGUGCUGUGGCAUGCCAGCAAGAAGUGCCUGCGGAAACCCUGAGCUCCCAGCCAGAGCCAGAGCCGAGGCAGAGCCGCUGGAGCCAGGUGCAGGGCCGGGUGAAGGAGCUGGUGACCAGGACCAGAGAGGGGUGGCAGUGGUUCUGGGGCCCCGGGGCCCUCCAGGGCUUCGUGCAGACCUACUAUGACGACCACCUGAGGGACCUGGGUCCCCGCACCCAAGCCUGGUUCAUCAGCUCCAAGGACAGCCUCGUGAACAGGGCCCACAGCCUGUGCCCCAAGCUGCUCUGUGGGGAGAAGGACCAGGAUUAA